UCAGAGCUAGGGGUGGAAGCCUCAUUUGAAUGAGAAUUGGAUCUUUUCUGUCUCUGAGGGUUAGUCUGAACCCUGGCUGCACCAGCAGCAGCUGCGUUGGAUGGCGGACCUAUAGAGAAACUCUGCUCCUCCCCACCUUUCUUCUGCAUCUGGUGACUGCUAUUAAUAUCCUUUCCCUGGGCACGGCCUCUCUUUGUUUCCCAGACUCUGGGGACACCCCCCCUGCCCCUUCUCCCAGCUGCACCAUGACUCCACAACCAUGCAUGCUCCUUGCCUCUGGCAUCCUUGAGUUCAUCUACCAUGUGAGUAUGGGGAAGGACCUGAGGGCCACACUCAGAUCCUUAAGGGCAGCCCAGCUAGGGGCACACUCUGUAUUCUCUCUCUCUGGCCUGAUUCUAGCUCCGACAGCCCAGGACCCCCAGCCGGGCGAGCCCCCCCUUUCAGCUCUGCUGCUGCCACUACCAAUGAUCGAGGCUCCCAGAGCAACUGCCCGGGACGUGCCAGACAAACUUCCUCCACCCGGCUGCUCAGGCGGCAGCUGCUACCCACCUACCAGCAACCUGAUUAUUGGCUGUGGCCAGAACCUUCGAACCUCAUCCACCUGUGGCCUCCAUGGCCCUGAACUCUACUGCAUUGUCAGUAACCUACAGGAUGCUGAGAAUUGCUUCUUUUGUGACUCUCGGGACUGGAAAAGCCAUGGCAUUGAGAACGUGAUCUCCCAGAGUAGUCCUGGCAGCAAAAGGACCUGGUGGCGAGCAGAGCGUGGUGUUGAGAAUGUCACCAGCUGGACCUAGAAGAUGCCUUUUACUUUACCCACCUCAUCAGGACUUUCAAGGUGACCCACUGCCAGAGACUGAAAGCUUAUUCUCUGCCUCCUGACCUGAUGGCCACCGGUGAUGUUUGCCACUGGUGACCCAAGGACCCCCUCCUAUCCCCAGACAUUCUGGCUCUGCUCCUUGAGCUCUCAGUGGACCAUGGCCACUUCUGGCACAUGUACCGCUACUUUGCCCACAACUGCUUAGGCCUCUUUCCUGGGAUUCCUCUUGCCCCUGGCCACAGAGUCAGUGACCUCAUCUGUGAGCAGCAUUACUUAAGACAUCGAGACUUCCACUGAGGGAGAGGUCAGGCCCAGAGGAAGGGGGGUUAGGCCCUGGGAUGAAGCCAGAAGCUCAGGCUUGCUUCUUAGGUAAUUUCAAAGUUCUGGAUCCAGCCAUUCUCGUGGAGAACCCAAAUAAUACCAAGGUUCAGGGUAAUUAUCCCCACAGCCAGUCCUGUACUCCUUUUUUGGGAAAACCAGAUACCCCCUGGUGGGAAGUGAGGUCCUACCUGGGUAUGCGCACCGCAGGGCAGGGUGGUGGGCAAGCCAGCCCAGUCCCCCAAGGAUUGUUUCCCAGCUCUGCUGCAUUAUGGUCCCUGUUACGGCUCCCCAUUCCUGUCCCAUGUUCCCCAUACCUGUGCCCAGUGCAUAGGGACUGGCCUGGGUAGCAGUUUUCAUCUCUGUCCCUUAUCUCUGCCCCAUCGCUGAAUUCCUUUGUGAGACCCCAUUGUGGUCAUCACUGCUGGCCAUGCCAGCCCAAUCUUUGUCCCCCACCUCUGCUCCUAUCACACUGUACCUCAUAACUCUCCCCUUUGUGAGCCACUGUCACUGUUCCCCAUCACGGCCCCCUGUCUGCCCUCCCCACUUUGAUUCAUCACCCUGGCCUUGAUUGGUACCCUGCGUUCCUGAAGCUGCCUCCAGGUGGCGCCAGGGCGUCUCUGGGUGUGACCUCUUCCUUGUAAAACAGAAGUCUUGUUAAAGGACUAGAGAGACAUAA